AUGCCAGAACUAACACUUUUCGAUUCGGUACGCAAUUCAAACCAGUCAACUGCAACUAAUUCUAAUUCUGAUAAUCUCCCUUCGUCAUCAUCCAAUCAUACAACUUUUGAACCUUCAUUUGAAUUACCUGUUGAAGACACUUUAUUCAUUGAAGAACUCCUGAAUAAUACUCAACUAUCUUCUACAUUAGACGAUAAUUGGCUAGAAAAUUUUCCUGUUGAUUCAUUUGAUCAAUUACUUUCUUCUGAACCUGAUAUGACAUUCAAAGACCUUACUGAUAUGCCUAUGGAACAAAACAAUGAAUAUCUUCCAGAUUUAGAAAUGACAGCAAGCAAUUCUUCAACAACGUACGAUGAAAGAGCUUCGUCGAUUGAAUCUGCAUCAGACGAUAAUGAACGUGAUGAUAUAAAUCGACGUGGUUUAAAAAAAAGCGGUGGUCCAGUGCGUAAAUUAGCACGAUUUGGUAACAAACAAGUUAUAAAAUACUCAGACGAGUAUCAUGAUCGACGAUUAAAAAAUAAUGAAGCUGUGAAAAAAAGUCGAUUGAAAGCAAAAGAAAAACAAAAAGAAAGUGAAACUAAAAUGACACAAUUAUCAAAGGAAAAUCGUGCAUUAAACGAUCGAGUCGAUUUAUUAAUGAAAGAAUUACAAGUGUUAAAAACACUUUAUAAAGAACUUAAUCAAGAUUUGCCGGCUGCUGCUGUUAAAGACCUCGAACGAGUCAAUGUACGUUGA